CAGCCGCCAGCCACGCGUCAUGGACACCGCGGCGAGCCUGCUGCUGCUGACAGCGCUCCAGGUGACGAACGCAGAUGGCCUUGCAGUGGAAGUUAGUCAUCAAAAUCUUCAGUCAAGAGGUUCCGCAGACUGCAACUCAGCUGAAUCCCGCAGUGCAGGAGAGCUGAAACUUCUAGCAUCGUCUAUGGAACUCAACAGCAUCGCUGAUCAGAGUUUAAGCGAUAAUUACAACGAUGAUAUAAGUACAUCUUUGGAACUAGUGAAACCUUUGAUUUUUAAUAAGUUGAUCGAAGCACCAAAGAACAAACCUUUCAGCUCGAACUGUGACACAGUAAACAACCAACACAUAAAUUUAUCUUUAAAUCCCUUCCUACUGAAACCCACACAGAAACCACGUAUUAUUUCAGCACUUGAAACCUCAGGGAAAUCUAAACAGUUCUACGUGAGUUUUGGUAGAGAUUCUUCAGUAAGUAGCAACACAAGUCUUUAUCAACUCACUCAAUCGGAUAAUGGUAGUGAUCUUAUGCUAAACAAAACAAUUUCCAAGGAGGGAAAUCAUACCAAUUUUUUAAACGCUGACGAAACUAAGGUCAGGCACAAGGAAUUAAAAUCAAAUUGCGUCAACAAAGACUUUAGAACUUCAAGUCCAAAGUCUGCAGUUAUUACAUAUGAAUAUGCCAGUAACAGAAAACAAGGGGCUUUUCCUUUCCAAGGUAUUAAUCAUCGGGUAAAACGACAGAUCAACAACAAAGCUAUUAUUACGCAAAAUGAACACGAAGUAGUUUCUUCAAAUGCAAAUUUAACUUCAUCUGUUACUGAUGGUCCUAAUGACACCCUUUCACACAGUUCUCAGCCUCCCAGCAAAUACAAUCUGAACACUCCUGCUCUGUCCACGACUGCGCCAAGACAACACAAGCGACUGGUUUCCUCGCUGAAUGAUGAGGUGCACCCUACACCCAUUCUUCGAAUUCCUUUGCUCCGAGAGACAAGGUCAUCCAAAGAAAAAAACACUUACACACCCAACGAUGGUUUUAUAAAUUGUCAAAACAAACGUUUACAUCCGGAUAGAUGUUUCUGUGCUCUUGUGUGUCCUAUGAAAUGCAGGGAUUGUCGCAGAUUUCGUCGUCCUAACGUGAAUGGAAACAUUUACAAAGAUAGUAAAUCAAAGUUUAGUUCAAAUAGUGCAGUAAAAGAUUUCGAUUACUUGCAUGAGCAAAAAGUUUUUAAAAACAGUGAAAGCAAUAUACGUUUGAAUCAAGAGUUGAAAGACAGGAAUGUCGGGUACAGCCAACGAAGGCCCUCCAAAAAUGAACAGUUGCUGCAUUCUGACAGAGAUUAUUCUACCAGCAGGGAGAGAUACAGCGAUGAGAGUCGCUCAAAAUUUCAAAAAAUUCUGAAGGAAUUUAAAAGUGGGCUGCUCUCUAGUGAUGCCACGAGUGAGAAUUCAGACGAGACAUGGAAAGAAAAGUACAUAGAUUCUAAUAUAAACGAAAAGUCAUCAGAGAUAUACAGAAAACUCCAUGAAAAAACUAAACUAAUUCCUCGGCUUUAUAACACUAUGAAUAAAAGACACGAUGAUUCUUGGGAAAAUGUCAGAAUCAAUAAAGAAAAAGAAGAACCUGAAUAUUACGUUAAAAUGUUAAAUGAUUUUGAGUAUCCGGAUGAGAUAACUCAUUUAACAUCAAAAACUUCUUCAGAUGAUAAUGAUUUUGUUGAUGUUGAGGAGAAUAAUUCGAAUCAAUAUGUUUUAAUUUCAGACUCAAAUGAAAAAAAUCAGAAUGAUUCUAGUGAUAAAAAUUUAUCUAGUCAGAAAAAUAUAUUUUAUACUCCAAAAAUACAGAGCUUGAAGGAAGCCUGGAUUGCACAAUCAGGCCAAAAGUCAUCUGAAAGCUAUCAUCAUGAAGGAGGAACGAAAUAUUUCGAAAAUGACAGGCCACACAAUCGCCAUUCUACUGAAUACGCGCAGUUUCGAAGCUCUGGCCAAGUUACUGAAGAAAACCGAGGCGCAUUUAAUGUGUAUGCUAUUGAUACUGUUACCAGUAAACCCCAAGUAGUCACUUUUCCUCCACAAGAAGAAGAGAUUAUUAAACAUUUUAUUAAUGCUCACAAAGAGGGGAUAAUGACUACUGACCAUGAAAAUAACAGCAAAUUAAUAAAUAUUGGACAUGAGGCACAUGAAAAAGAUUUAUUUGAAUCAAAUGUCUAUAACUCUGCUUACGACCAAGAAAAAAAUACUUACGAACUAGCUGAAGGUGCUAAUUUACAUUACAAUAAUGGUAACAAAACGCUAUAUUUUAAACAAUUAGAAAAAAAUGAAAAUUCAUUUGUAUCAGGUCAGUCAGUACAACACCCACCCGGAAAAUAUACUGUUAGCGAGGAAUUAUACCAUGACCAGUCGAAAGAGUCACACAAGUUCAGUGACAUAAACUCAGCUUUAGCAGUUACAGAAAAAUCUCUCCAAUUCGUUCAUCUUAAAGAAGAAGAUGACGAUGACAGAAAAGAAGUCUUAGUAGCCUUAGAGUCAAAUGAAAAUGCCAACAAUAAAGAAGAUAUCACUGCUGUACUUAAAGAAACACAAGAAUUGGAAAUCAAGGAUGUUUCCUCAGGUAGCAACAAUACUGUAGAUGAAUUGACAUAUGUAACAAAUGAACACAGUGGAAAAGGAAGUACCAAAGAUUAUGUGAAUAUUUUUCAAUCUAAUGAUGGCAUUAAUAAAAAUGCAAAUAAUAAACCCUUAAAAAUUGAAUCAGAAAAUUAUAAUAAAAAUAAAUAUGUUGAUAUUUUACAUGAAGGCAACCAGGAGAUAACUAUCCUCAAAAACCUCGAACAAUCGGAAGAAAAUAAACACCAAAGCCUUUCAAAAACAGUUAAUAAUGAAGACGCAGUAAUGGGAUUGCACCAGCCAUUUCAGAAACAUGUAAACAACCAUUCAAAUAACUAUAACCUCACCGAACUUUUGGAAAAGUCACCUGUAAUUAGCAAUUUAAAAAUAAAAGAACUUGCUCAAACCUCAUUUGUAAAAAGUGAAGAUCAGAAAAUAAAAUUGCUAUCAGAAAAUAAGUCUUAUGAAGAUAAAAAGCAACACGAAGUUUCAUUGUUCGCUGCACAUGAAAAACACUUACUUCAUGAUGCAGAAAAGGCAAAUGAUACAGAUAUUACUGUAGUGUCUGGAAGUACAGAAGAAUCACAGCAUGGAAAAGCAAUUAUCUUGCCUAGCUCACCACACAAAAAAAUCGAAGGAGCACACGGACUAGUUGAUUACAAAGAGUCUCAACAAAGUGUGGAAGAAAUAAAGCUAGCUCAUUCAAAGGAGACGUAUCACAUCAUCGGAGAAAGUAAACACAUUAAUACAGGUGAAGAAAAAAUGUUCAAAAUCUUUCCAACAAAGCCCCAAGAGAGCGAGCACCAAACAGAAAUAGUUUCUAGUCACAGUUCAUUUGAUGCAUACAAAGAAAAUGAAAAGUAUGAUAAGACUCAGUUUUCACAAAUUUAUGAUAAAACUGUGUCAUCACCUAUGGUUUAUGCUACCAAAGAAUUACAGAAAAACAGGCCAUUUGGGUCUGACCAAGGAAGUAAGACUGAAAUGAAUUCAAACCAGUUCCUCCAAGAGAAUCCUUUGAAAUCUAUCUUUGAAAUACACACGGAGCAAGACACUCUUCCAGAAGCUGACAGCUCGCAAAUUAAAUUACCAUUUACAAAUAUGUAUCGUCAACAGUCAGUACCAAGAAUAAUUGCGUACCAAAAUGGUUAUCAAAAAAUGAGUGAUGUAAACCUUGCAAGAAGUCAUGCGAAUAUUUUUUCUAGAAAAGAUAAUGGCUUGUACAGAAACGAAUAUGAUGACAGACGUCUGGUGAAAUAUUAUUAUCCAGCUCAAAAACCAACCACAUAUCAGCAACAUAAUUUGGCCAGUUCUCACGCCACAAGCCAACCUGUAGUGGUGCAAGCAUCAGUCCAGUAUGGACCAAGAUUUCGAGGGAAUCCUCAGCAAAGCAGUUACUUUACUUAUGGAGAUUCUGUCAGACCAUAUGUUAAAACAACUGGUACAGAUUUUAAGCAAUAUUUCCCAGCCACACCACAAAACAGUAGAAAUCCAAAUAGUUGGCAUAGUUACUCUGCAUUUUCAACUUUGGCAGAAAAAGAAAAAUUUCAAGCACAGCAUAAUUAUAUUAGAAACGGCGGUAGAGUGUUUAAAUACCACGAUGCCAACCACGGUUCCGCCCUGCAACGGACUCCCAAGAAAGUUUCAUGGAAAAACGCACGGGUCGAUGAGCAAAGUAACAUUGACAGAGUUUUUCAUGAAAACUAUGCCAAAAAUAGUAUCGAUAAACUUAUCACAGUAAAGGAAGAUGGAACUCCGGAUGGUCAGAUUGUUGAAUUGGUCCCUUCUGACUACAAGAUCAGCAACUCGCUCUUGCCGUCGUAUCCAGAACAAGAGGUUCCUGUUGUCCGAGUCGUGGCCGACAAGAGCGUGGAGGCAGGCCUGGGGACGGCGAAGCACCGGGCCUGCGGUGGUCUCCCGGGAGACCCGUGCUCCGAGGGACCGAGCCCCAGCUGCUGGGCGUGCUCCUCGAGGCCCGCGGACUCCUUCGAGGGGCUGCUCUACAGCCCCGGGCUGACUCCACACGCAUCGGCCCGGCCGAGACACUGAGUCCUCGUACUGCUCGGUCCAGGAGUUUGUAUUUGCGAACGAACCUCAUCAGGAAAACUUCUCAACAAAGUAAAGUCUGAGCGGCAACUCUCAAUACAUUUUGUUAUGUACAUCACGGAUUAUUAUUUAUAAUUUUUAAUAUUUUAUUUUGGAGCAUAUUGGUAUAACGUACCUUAACGGUUAUGGUAUUUCAUGGAUUUGAAUCAGCUUCGUUUUGGGGGGCACAGGUCAUAGUUGCGUCGGAAUAACAAAAAUUAGUAGUUGAUAUUUAAAAAAUGAUUACAUUUUUGAGUCCGGAACAAAUUUCUGGUUGCUUUCAUAACUUCAUGACCAUGGCACUAUUAGUAUACAUUGUCACAGCAAAAACCUGCAUUUUUACGUGUUUGAAAAUAUUUUCGUCAGUGAAUUAUUCAAUUGUUAGAUGCAUUUAAGUAAAUAAAACAAAGCUAUCACAAAUAUAGAAUGCAAAUAGUAAGAAGAUUAUGUACCGAAGCGAACGGAUUUUACAUCGUUAGGUAUCUUCUUUUCGUAACGGUUUUAAGACGAAGAUUAAAAAAAAAUUUCUGGAGUGCAACUUGUUGUUUCAGGUUCACACACACUUUCCCUAGCAAUCAAAAACAAAUUUUGGUGCUGUCAAAAAGCUAUCAACUGAACUUUCUCACCGCCCAGGCAGAGGACUCAUGCGCACAAGAUAAGUAUCUAGAAAGAGAUCAUGUUUCUUCGCUCAAGUCAGCGUCGAGGGCAGCGUUGCCUCGUACCAUUUUCCCGCAGGUUGACAAAGAUCUAUGUAUCGGGCGUGUUCGGCAUAUGCCGAAGUCUGCCGAGUUGGUUUUCAGAACUUAUUUCGAUGCACUGCUUAUACAUCAGGGUGGAGGAAGCUUCUAAAAAACCUAACAUUUACUGCCCUUUUUUUUUUAGAUUGACUGUACGUUUCGUAGAAGGUCUUUUGACAUUAAUCGACUCAACAGCACAGUUAAAGAGAACUGGAAAAUACAUUAUACAUGGCCUAUGAUACCAUCCCAACAUUUUCCUGGAAUGAUGUAACAUGAGAAACUGAAAUCUAGGUGGCCAGACCGGGGAUCGAACCCAGAUCCUCUGUAAUAUGAGUCCGGUGUCUUCGCCACCUCGAUCCAUCCUGAAGAAAGUGCGUGUGUUGUCGAGUCAAAGCACGCCUUGUCGCAUAGCUUUCUCAUAAAGAGACAAGAAAACAACAGUCGCUAGAUAGACAUGGGCUGUGAAAUCAAAACUUAUAUUUCAACACAUUUGUUAGUAAAUUUAACGAACCCUAUUUAAAAAUAAAAUUUAUGUUUUGAUGAAAUAAAAUUAUCACAAAACAUUUUAUUUUAAAAAAAUUGUAAACAAAACAAGUAUAAUUUUUUUUUUUAUAUUUUGCACAACUGGAAAAUAGUUGUGCACAAAAAGUUAGAAUUAUAUCAUAGUAUUUAAAAAACGUUUAAUGUAAAUUAUAUAUUUGAAUAUAUUAAAAUAUAACUAACCCAAAUUUUAAAGUGGGUUUUUCAAGGUGAACAAGUAGUGUUUUCAAAACCAAUUUUGAAUUAUAUUUUUUCUUAUCUUAGCUUAGACAUCAGUUAUAAUUAUUUAUAUUUUGGUAAUUUUAAUGAUCGCGUUUUUAUUACAUCAGCUAUAUUUUAUUGAAAAUAAAAUAACAGCACUAACUCUUAAACACUAACUAGAUGGUGAUUUUGUACUGAGCACCUAAAUUUCUUAUUUAAAUAUAUAAAAUAACAAAUAGCUCUUCUUUAUUUCUAUAAAUUUAAUGUAAAACAGUAAGUUAGUGAUCAACCUACGGAAAAUAAUCGAUUAUAAUAAGGAAAUGUUAAUUCAGACCUAUCGUUAGAUAAUACACUUAAAAUGUUACUCUAUAUAAAAUAAGUUAUUGUGCUUAAUUUAUCGUUUAACUAUCCCUCGUUACUUAUAGAUAAGAUAGUUUAUUGACACUAUGUCACCAACAGUUUUUCAUUCUAUAAAAAUGUGGAAGAAUUAACUUUUAGUUUUGAAUUUCAUUGCAUGGCCAAAAAGUAUAUGUGUUUUUUUCACUAUGAUUGCUUGUCAUUAAGAAAAUUAAUAAAUAAUUUUAUUUUUCUUGAGUUUGUAUGUAAAUUUAAUGCAAAGCAAGAAACUUGUCUCAAAUAUGAUUACAUGCAUAAGUUGUUUAUCGGACAUUUCAAAUUAGAUUAGAUUAUAUAUUUGUAUCCAGUACCAUAGAAACAGACAACCUAGUACAGAAUGAAGUAUCCGCCAUAAAACUAUUAUAUUUAUUUACCAUAAUUUUUAAAAACAUUUUAUAUAAUUCUUUCUAAUGUGAUAUAUCAUUUAUUUUGCAUUAAUACAUUGUUUGUAUUGAUUGUAUAUAAUUCUGUAAAUUUGUAAAGAAAAUAUAUUUUUUUAAAUAAAGAGCUUACAAUGAUAAGUUAAUACAAUUUAU